CACGCAUACAAAGGGCUCAAACGUUCGCUCCAUUGCAAUAGAGUAGUGAAGUGUUGUCGACAUCCGCUUCCUUUUGAACUCACAUUUGAUUGCGAAGAGAGUUCUCUUCAGACAACAAACGCAGAAAUGCCGGCAAAACGGAUGGGAAUGAUUCCAAACGGACACUUCCGUAAGGAUUGGCAGCGCUUUGUCAAGACGUGGUUCGCGCAGCCGAUGCGCAAGAAGCGCAGACACGCCACACGAGUGGCCAAAGCCGCGCGAAUCGCCCCGAGACCCACGCAAAGACUCAGACCUGUCGUCAACUGUCCGUCAGUUAAAUACAACUCAAAGGUUCGGUUGGGAAGAGGCUUCUCGUUGGAGGAGUUGAAGGCGGCCGGCAUCGCGCGCAGGGAGGCGCCCACGAUCGGCAUUGCGGUCGACCACCGAAGAGUGAACCGAUCGGUCGAGAGUUUGCAGCGAAAUGUGCAGCGAUUGAAACAAUACAAGUCGAGACUGGUGGUGUUCCCGAUCCGCGCGAAGAAGCCGCGAAAGGGCGACGCGUCAGCGGAGGAGCAGAAGUUGGCGCACCAAUUGGUCGGCACUCUUCUGCCGGUGCGUCGCGGGAAGGCGUACGUGAAGAGCGAGAGGGCGCGCGCGCCGACGGAAGAGGAGCGGAAGUUCGCGGCCUUCCAUUCACUGCGGAAGGCGCGCUCUAACGCCCGACUGGUGGGCAAGAGGGCGAAGCGCGCGAAGGAGGCGGCGGAGAGUUUGGACGCACCGAAGAAGAAGGAGUAAAACGAAAAUCUUUAAUACAGUAGAAGAA